UCAAAAUAGCUUCGUUUUAAUCGUUUGAUGUCUAACAUUUUAUACCAACAAUGGUAUUAACGACGAAUCUCUAUAGCUUAAACCUUCGUUCGACCUUCUUCUUCACUAAUACUAUUACUUGCCCUACACUUUUCACCUUCAAACUCUCCUCUGUUUCUAACCCUAGACGAGUAUUCCCCAAUAUUAGAGCUCACGUUUCCGCAGCCAGCUCCAAUUCAGAGCUCGAAUCUCUCUUAUCUACCGAUCGGAAGCUGAUCAGUAAGCAAUCAAACAAUGGUGCGUCUUCGAUUUCGUCGGGAGUGAGACUUGAGAACAUUAGUAAGAGCUAUGAAGGCAUUACGGUGCUAAAGGAUGUGACUUGGGAAGUGAAGAAAGGAGAAAAAGUAGGGUUAAUCGGCGUCAACGGUGCAGGGAAGACGACACAGCUCAGGAUCAUAACGGGUCAAGAAGAACCUGAUUCAGGAAACGUGAUUUGGGCCAAACCCAAUUUGAAAGUUGCUUUCUUGAGUCAAGAGUUCGAGGUUUCAAUGGGGAAGACAGUGAAGGAAGAGUUCAUGUGUACGUUUAAGGAAGAGAUGGAAAUAGCGAGGAAGCUUGAGAACUUGCAGAAGGCGAUUGAAGAAGCUGUUGAUGAUUUAGAACUAAUGGGAAAGUUACUAGACGAAUUCGAUUUGUUGCAGAGACGAGCUCAAGAGGUUGAUUUGGAUUCUAUCCAUGCUAAAAUCAGUAAGCUGAUGUCGGAAUUAGGGUUUGUGUCGGAGGAUGCUGAUAGGCUUGUGGCUUCUUUUAGCAGUGGAUGGCAAAUGAGAAUGUCACUUGGGAAGAUUUUGCUUCAGAAUCCAGAUUUACUGCUUUUGGAUGAGCCAACGAAUCAUUUGGAUCUUGAUACUAUUGAGUGGCUUGAAGGUUACUUGAUUAAGCAAGAUGUGCCUAUGGUCAUAAUAUCACAUGACAGGGCGUUUCUUGAUCAGUUGUGUACUAAAAUUGUGGAAACCGAAAUGGGAGUUUCGAGGACUUUCGAUGGUAAUUACUCUCAGUAUGUAAUUUCAAAGGCAGAGUUGGUUGAAGCUCAGUAUGCUGCUUGGGAGAAGCAACAGAAAGAGAUUGAAGCAACAAAGGAUUUGAUUAGUAGGCUAAGUGCUGGAGCAAAUUCUGGUCGAGCUUCUUCAGCAGAAAAGAAACUGGAGAAGCUUCAGGAAGAGGAGCUAAUAGAGAAGCCAUUUCAGCGGAAACAAAUGAAAAUCCGGUUUCCGGAAUGUGGAUUAAGUGGAAGAUCUGUAGUCACUGUUAAGAAUCUUGUAUUUGGUUUUGAUGAUAAGAUGUUAUUUAACAAGGCGAAUCUAGCUAUAGAAAGAGGAGAGAAAGUCGCUAUAAUUGGUCCAAACGGGUGCGGAAAGAGUACAUUGCUGAAACUUAUUAUGGGUUUGGAGAAGCCUAUGAGAGGUGAGGUGAUACUUGGGGAGCACAAUGUAUUGCCAAACUACUUCGAGCAGAAUCAGGCAGAGGCUCAAGAUUUGGAUAAAACGGUGAUUGAGACAGUUGUUGAAGCUGCUGUAGAUUGGAGAAUUGAUGAUAUAAAAGCUCUUCUUGGUCGGUGCAACUUCAAAGCUGACAUGUUGGAUAGAAAGGUCUCUCUUUUGAGUGGUGGUGAGAAGGCACGCCUUGCUUUCUGCAAAUUCAUGGUGAAACCAUCCACUCUACUUGUGUUGGACGAACCCACCAAUCACUUAGACAUACCUUCAAAAGAAAUGCUUGAGGAAGCUAUAAAUGAGUACAAAGGCACGGUCAUCACAGUCUCACACGAUAGAUACUUCAUUAAACAGAUUGUUAACAGAGUUAUUGAAGUCAGAGAUGGUGGUUUAAUGGACUAUGCAGGAGACUACAAUUAUUUCCUGGAGAAGAAUGUUGAAGCUAGAGCAAGGGAGCUGGAGAGGGAAGCAGAAUUGGAAGAAAAAGCUCCAAAAGUGAAAGCAAAGUCAAAGAUGUCAAAGGCUGAGAGAGAAGCACGGAAGAAGCAAAAGAUGAAAGCGUUUCAAGCUUCCAAAAAGAAGUCAAAGUCCAGCAAAAAUGCCAAGAGAUGGAAUUAAAGCUUCACAGUUCACACAUAGCUGCUUUAGGUGUAGUAUGUAUAUAGUGUCAUCCCUUACUUGAUUUAGUGAAAAAGAGAUGGUAUAU